UAGCCAUAGAAUAACCAAAAGGCCCCUGUAGAAAAAAUAAAGUGGGCCUUUCCUUUACUUCGCGUCAGAAACUUAGUAGCAGUCAGAAUUGCUGAAACAUUUCAGCCGUUUGGUCCUUUUGAUAAGAAAGAUAUUCCUAGAUUUGAUUGGCUUGUUGGUAGUCCUUGAAACGAGGUGUCGCAAUCUCAUCUUACACAACUGCCUCACUUGUGGUCUCGGAUCUGUUGGUGGCUGCAGUCUUACACGGUGUGCACUCUGAAGUUCUAAAGAAGAAGAUAAACAUGAAGUUUGCAGGCUGUACAAUUCUCCUUUCCGUCUUCAUUUCUCUGUGUACAGGGAAACAAUCCUUCAUUAUUCGAGAUUGCGAGAAUCCCGACAAUGCAGCAGUGAGUCUUAAGAGUGGCAGUGUAAAACCUUACCCCGUCGCCAUCCCGGGCAUUGUGACUGUGACGGGCAGUGGCUCUGUGAAUCGCAACCUCACAGGGGGUGGCCUCGACCUCCAAGUCCACAUCGAAAGAUACGUCGGAUUUCUAUGGGUCACAGUUCCCUGUAUCAGCGAUGUUGGCAGCUGUCAUUACGACCUCUGCAAUAAGCUUUCCGAGGCUUUCAGCGCUAAAGGGUGUCCAGCCGAGCUAAAGGCCAACAACGUACCCUGCACAUGCGAUACCCUCAAGCCUGGCACGUACUCCUUGAACGCUCAAAAGUUCACGAUCCCAGAACUGAGCGGGCUUUACUCCUGGCUGGCAUCGGGUGACUACAAAGUCGACUUGAAGCUAACUGAUCGUGCAACGAAAAAACAAGUUGGAUGUGUGCAUCUGGAAGGGACAAUAGUGGAUGGAAACGCAUGUGAAGGCUUUUUGUGCAGUAUCUUUGGUUAGUCGGAUACAGUGAAAAGACAUUGGUACCGAACGAACAUGUAAUUAAAGUAUUGGCGAUCUUAUUAUGAACAUUAUUGUUUUAUUAAACGAAAGGGUUGUCUCCUAUGCCACAUGAA